AUGAGCCCGGUCCGUUCACUGCACAAUGCAUUUCAUACCUUCAGCAAGAGGAGGGAAGAAGUUACUAAACCCACAGAUCCUGCGGGACUGGUUCUCGAAGCAUGGGCUGAAGGUUUCAUGGUGGGAUCUCUGAUCAUAAUGUCUUGCAUCACUCUGGCAAACAUGCGCCGAGGAGUACUCCUGCAUAAGUUGAUUUUGCUCGAGCUGGUCCUCGGGUACUGGCAAGGAUUCUUCAUUCUCUUCAACCCACCCAUAUAUGCCUGGUGGCUCUCUGUCGCCGCCAUCUUCCUCAACAUAUCGUGGUCCUUGCAUAAUGUCAUUGCUUGGAUGAAGGUGAGGCCUUUCUUGAACAAGACUGCGAGCCGCAUCUUCAUCGGCACCAUUAUCCUGGUGCAGCCAUACUGGGUUGUGGAGAUAUACGCCAACUUCACCUACUUUCAUAAUGUCAACGACCUCUUCCUCCGCACCCGACCUUGGGAAGCCCUGUGUCGAGAUCCCUGGUGGAUCUUGGCUGCCCUGAUCCUCAUCUAUAACAUUAAGACAAAGUACGACCUCACAUCUACCCAGAUUGUCCGGAUUUCGCCUAGAUUUGCCGUCAUGAUGGGCGCCAUGUUCCUCAGCAUCAUCUUUAUCGUACUGGACGUUCUUUCCGUGACGUCUGCCCUCAGGUCUGCCUUGCCCGUGGGAAUCAAUCCCUUCUGGAAAUUAUCCUUUGUCUUCAAAUGUUUGACCGAUUGCGUGGUGCUGGACGAUUUCAAGACGGCCCUCGAUAGGCUGAGGGCCUUCAAGAUUAGCCGCCUCGGAAGCUUCGCCAUGGAUGCAGGAGAUGACCGAAAUAGACAACACAAGCAGGAUGUCCAGAAUCACAACAGCUGGAGCACGCCACCUCCCAAAGGCGACGACGCACAGCCCAUUGGGCAUCUCCCAUCGAUGCCCAGCCCCGAUGACGACUUCAUUCGGCCACUAUGGGAAGAGGCCAAACCUGCACGAACCAACCAUGUUGAGAACGGCAUCUUGGGCCAGCCGGCCAGGGCUGCCUCGCGGGAUCGAGACAUUGAGGAAAAUACAUUCCAAGUCGUCGACCGUGGGGAUUCUCAACGGGAGGCCAGCGAUCCCCAGGCUCUCAGAACCCAGACUAGCUGGUUGAAGAACAAAAAGUCGUCAGACGACUCCUCUGACGGUCCAGAUGUCGAAUACGCCAUGGCAGUACGGCAGAUGACGAAUGAUUCGUCCAACGAUUCAAAACGGGGCAAGAAAAUCACUGGGGUUGCCAAGUGAAUGACAGUGAAUCAACGAUAUCCUAGAUGCACUACGGAGUAGAGUCGUCUCAAAGCCACAGGCUGAAUACGAUCCAUUGCCCAUGUCUAGAAUCGACUAGACUAGGCCCUGAGAUUCCAGUGGCCUCUCGCCAUCGCAGAAAGAGGACGUCGCCCAUCGCAUCGCUUUGCGUUGCUCAGACAGAACGCCGAACAUCUUGACCUUCAUUGGCAGACACCUCAAUUGGCAUCCUCAGUCUCAGCGUUCUGCCCACGAAGAAUGACUUCAAAGGGCAAGACAUUGGGUCCUCACCAAAUGCCACGACUAGCGAUCCCCUCGCCUGCACUUCGCGGCAGCUAUUCGCAUGUCUAACCUGAAACAAGGC